ACAAAUAAGACCAAACUGUGACAUUCAACAACAAAGUAUCUCUUGGUACUCCAAUAGGCUUAAGUUGAAAUCAUGGCGGAUGGAGUAGACAUAGAUUUGUAUGCAGAGGAUCUGGAGCAUGACUUCAACCAGGAAGGAGAUUACAACCAUGACUCCAAUAUUGACCUUUAUGAUGAUGUUAUUACUGCUUCUACAGGAGAUAUAGGUCAUCCUGAUGAGUUUGGGAUAAACCAGGACGGAAUUUCUACAAGAUCGGUAUCAUCAAGUGGAGGACCUCCCACCAAACGUGUAGCUGUUUAUGUGGGCAACCUUACCUGGUGGACUACAGAUCAAGAUGUUAUUGAUGCCAUCAACAAACUUGGUGUAAAUGAUGUUUUGGAUGUCAAAUUCUAUGAAAAUAGAGCUAAUGGACAGUCAAAAGGGUUUUGUGUGGUUUCAUUAGGAUCUGAAAACUCAUUCCGAAUUGUCAUGGACAAACUUCCAAAAAAGGAACUUCAUGCACAAAAUCCUGCUGUAACACCUUACAACAGACAAAGCUUGAACCACUUUGAAAUGCAGGCUAGAAAACCAUCUCCAGGAAAUCCUGGGCGAGAAGGAAUGGGGAGAGGAGGACCAUCAGGUGGAGGAAUGAGGGAAAGAGAUGGGAGAGGAGACAGAGGGCAACUUAAUUUGAAUAGAGGAAUAAGUAAUGGCCCACCACCUUUUCUCCCUCAACAGCGUAUUCAUGGACCUCCAAUGGGCCCACCACUUCCACAAGGACUACCACCACCCCAAUUUCAUCAAGGGCCUCCACCAUCACAUAUCCAUCACCAGCAGGGUCCUCCACCACCAUCACCACAACCUGGACCUCCACCAGUACUUGGCCCCCCAGGAAUGCCUCCACCAAGAGGCAUUCAAAGACCUCCACCACCUUGUCCUGGAGUUCCACCUCUAGGACCACCUGCAAACAUCAGAGUGCCUCCUCCCCAUGGUCUACCACCACCUGGACCCAGAGGUCCUCUUCCUCCUGAUACUCGAGGACCACCACCACCACGAAAUGAAUGGGAUAGGCCUCCAGAACAACCAUUACCUCCUGGUGUUACUUCCACUCGACCACCACACCUUGGUCCAGCUGUGUCUCACCCUCCACCAGGAAUGCCACCUACUGCUGCUCCUCCUCCACACAGGCCACCACCUCCUGUACCCCUUCCAGGACAUGGGAUGCCUCCUAAUAUACCACCACCCUCAAGUCAUCCUCCAGCUCCACAUGUUAAUCCAGCCUUCUUUCCUCCACAUAGCCAGCCCCAAGGCAUACCCUCUGGACCUCCUCCAUCAUCUCAGCCUGGAGAUAUGUACAGCCGACCUCUACCCAGUCAGUACCCAGAUUACCGAGGACCUCCACCUGACAGACAGGAUCAUCAAACUCCACCUCUCAGUGAAGCAGAAUUUGAAGAAAUUAUGAACAGAAACCGCACUGUCUCAAGCAGUGCCAUCGCUAGAGCAGUGGCAGAUGCUAGUGGAGGGGAUUAUGCUAGUGCUAUUGAGACUUUAGUGACAGCUAUUUCAUUGAUCAAGCAGUCUAAAGUAGCUAAUGAUGACCGUUGUAAGAUCCUGAUAAGCUCUUUGCAGGACACUUUGCAUGGAGUGGAAUCUAAGUCCUAUGGAUCACGCAGCAAAGAUCGCCCGAGGUCAAGAGAAAGAGACCGCUCACAUGAGAGGUCAUCUCGCAGAGAGAAAUCAAGUCGCCGUGAUCGCUCUCGAAGCAGAGAAAAAGAAUAUAGAGAAAGAAACCGUGAUUGUGAUCGAUACUAUGAAGAUCGGCACAGCAGAGACAAAGAAAGGGAUAGAGAUCGAGAACGUGAGCAUAGAAGUAGCAGGCAUUAAAUGCUUGCCCAGCAGAGGCAUGCAUGCAUCUGAGAUGAUGAUACCCAAUUGUACCAGUAUAGUCUGAAAGCCUUGGCUCUUCCCAGUUUUUGUGGCAGUUAACAGGUUGCUCUUCAUUGUCCAUGCUUGGAUCAUUGAAUUUGUAUUUAAUACUGAAUGUCUUAUCUCCAAGAAGUCUUUAUAACACAAGUCAUCAUGACUUCAAGCCUUCAAACACACUACAAGAUAUGAAAACCCUUCAAGUGGACCACAAACCUAUCCAAUAGUUUUUUCCGUCUGUUGAUUUCUAUUUCCCAUUCGACAGUAAACCACAUUCCACAAGUAUUUCCCAUACAGCUGGUGUUAAAAGAAAUUACUUUCAUUUCAUGCUAAGUCUCUAAAUAAUCCAAAUAUUACCAUGGAGCUAAUUGAAAGUUUAAUGUUGCCAUUGGUUCAUAACAGGUUUCUGUAUCUGUAUUCUUUCAAGAAAGUACUUAUUAAAUAAAGGCUUGUUUGCCCAAAUGAUUUGUGUAAAACAAAA